CAGCGUCCGGGGUGCGCGUUGAGCGCAGCGCCUCCCUGGCUCCCGACUGGUCCACCGCGGGGCGGGGAAGGAACGCGGGCCCGGCCGAGCUUGUUCCGGACGUGGGACCUCCCCGUAGCGGCUCCCGCUGGCCAAAUAGGGAAGCGGAGCUGCCAGCAAUCGCCGAGCUUCGCUCCUCGGAGGGCCCACCCUGGAUCUCUCAGCCAUAUUUUGGGGGGGGGUCGGAGGAUGGCUGCUGCGACGGAACGUGGGGGCUUUUGAGUGCUUUGGUCCGAUUCCCCCCUACAAGGAAGCGAACGACUUCUGCCAAGCAGGAUGAAUCCCAGCGAAGGUGUGGCGCCGCUGGAGAAAUACAAGCUCGUGGUGGUCGGGGGAGGCGGCGUGGGCAAGAGCGCCCUAACUAUUCAGUUCAUCCAGUCUUACUUUGUUUCUGACUAUGAUCCCACAAUUGAGGACUCCUACACAAAAAUCUGCACUAUUGAUGGUACUUCAACCCGGCUGGACAUUCUGGACACUGCUGGUCAGGAAGAGUUUGGAGCCAUGCGGGAACAAUACAUGCGAACAGGGGAAGGUUUCCUCCUUGUUUAUGCUGUCAAUGACCGGGGCAGUUUCAAUGAAAUCCACAAAUUCCACACUCAGAUACUUCGAGUGAAAGACCGUGACGAGUUCCCCAUGAUCCUUGUUGGCAAUAAGACUGAUCUGGACCUUUAUCGGCAGGUGCCUGAAGAGGAGGCCCUUCACUUUGCUCGGGAGAACCGAAUCCCCUACAUGGAAGCCUCUGCAAAGAUCCGAUUCAAUGUGGACGAGUCUUUCCAUGAGCUGGUCCGAGCCAUCAGGAGGUUUCAUGAGCUGGAAUCUCCCCCUGCCCCAGCCGUUCACCCCCAAAAAAAAGAGCGCAAAAGCUGUCCUUGUUCCAUUCUGUAAAUGGCCAUCCCACAUGAAGCGUUGCAGCCUGGAAGAGGAAGAAGGGCUGCUCAGAUUCCCCCCAACAAAGAGGACAGAGCAGGAUUUCUCCUAGUUCCAUCUCUCCUACUACAACUAGGGCUGGCACUGUGUAUUUUCUAGUUAUACCAAAAUGCUACAGUUUUUAUGUUGUUGCAGAGGAGUCUGCAAACUGGGAAUGAGAAAGGACCUAGACAAGUCCUACUUCUCCAGCAUGUCCUGAACCUACGAGACAUGCGUGCAAUUUUGUUGGCCGUACUCUGCCGCUUUGCCCUCCUCUAUUCUUCCAAGGAAAUUGCAUAAAAGGUGCCCCUUUUUUGCAAGGCGGCAAAAAGCUUAUUCAUUUUAAGUAAAAGAGGUACAGGGUUGUAAAUUUCACUGGCAGUCCAGUGAUAUAUUGAGUUAAAGAAUAGAAAUCAACAGCCGAGCAACAUAUAUCUCACUGCAGCUAAGGGCAAGCUUUUGCACAUACAUGGAUAUACCUACAUGUUCAAAGACAUAUAGGACAAAUGCAUUUUAAAAGGUACUCUAAUUUUUCUAUUCCUUUUUGAAAAAAUAAUAGCUCAUACACUUAAGCCAUACAUGGGCCAAGCAGCAAGGAAAGCAGCAGCGGCAACAGACACAAUUAUACUUUCAUUCUUCCAAAUUGCUGGUACUUUUUUUUUUUCCUAGAGCAGGGUAUAAAGAAGCACACUUUACAGCAGUGUUUUUCAAACUUGGCAGCUUUAAGAUGUGUAGACUUCAAUUAGUGGCUGGGGAAUUUUUGCUGGGGAAUUCCGGGAGUUGAAAUCCACACAUUCUGGGAGUUGAAGUCUAUACAUCUUAAAGUUGCCAAGUUUGAAAAACACUGCUUUACAGUGAGGGAGUUUGCAAAAUUGGGGGGCUAGCAAGAUCGUGAUAUUUUAACAGAAGGUUGUGAUGGCUCUCACAAUAUGGUUGCCAUACUGUAUUGUGAGAGUCACCUAUACACAAAACAAUUACUAUAAGUGUGGCCAGUUACAAAAUACAGUGUGUCUCCUCAUUUAGCAACCACAAUUCAUUCCAGCGAAGUGGUUACUGAGCAAAACGAUCGCUAAGUGAACCACAUGACACAGAGAGACGCAGCGAAGAUCACUGGUUGCUACCAUCUCAUUCAGAUAAAGUUCUCUCGUACAGCACCACCAGUGUUACUCUCAUUCUGGCAUGCAUUGUCGUCAGGUGCAGAAAUAUGGCCAUAAGUGCACACAUUGGUUGGAAAAUUAUUUUUUUAAUACUGUCAUAUUCAUGAGUGGUCACUGAGGUAGUCACUAAACAAGGACUGGCUGUAUCCUUAAGGCAAAUAAGUGGUGAUGCUUCCUGCAGAACCACUUAGCAGCUCCUCGAUGUUCUACCAUCCCAGCUUACUGUUUUAAGAUGGUGAAUGUUUGAAACAGUGAAUGCUUAAUUACUAGAAUCAAAUUUCAGUUCCAAACUUUUUUAAAAAAUUGUUUUGUUCAGGAACAGAAUUACUGUAUACUUUGAAGACAUGACCAGCUUUUGUUAAAUUCAUCCUUUGUUCCCCACUUUUGUAAUGUGCUCAUAAGGGUAAACAAAGUGACGACAAGGAACCUUGUUUUUUUAAUUAGCCACUCUUUGCGUUAGUAAAUUUUCCUCUUAGCAGGGUUUCCCAACAUUUUUAGAGGUACUAUCAUGUUGAAGUAUCAGUAUUGCAGUUGCAUGCAUUUUUACUUGGAUUAUUUUUAUCAGUAGAUCCUUACACUGAUUUUCCAGAGCUUGCGUGCCAUUCAACAGUUCCAUCAUCUAAGAUAACCUUCCCUAGACUUCAGAUGUGUUAAGAUUACAAUUCUCAGAUUAUAUUAGCGUGGAGUAGUGAUUAACAUGUUCAAUCUGGAUCUCUUUGAUCAUGGUUAUAGAAGCUUGCUGGGCCAGUCACUAUCUCCCAGUCCAACUUACCCUACCUGGUUGAUAUGGGAAAAAUGAAAGGGAAGAACAUACAAGAUAUAGAUAAAAUUCUCAGGCAUGCAGCCAUGUGCAUAAUUGGGGAAGGCUAUCCUGCUGGAACUAUCAUAAAUGCCCCCAGUACUUAUGUUCUAAAGAUGGGCAGUCGAUAAAGCAAAUGGAUGUAUUGCACGUGCAAGCUUGAACUGUCACAGAUAAUGUGUGCGAUUGGGGUCCCUUGCUUAUUAUCCUUCUACCAUGCUGCAAAGGCUUGCAUUCCAGCUGUAAAUGCCAAACAGUCUCUAAUGCAAAGUUUAUAAAGCCUUGGGGUUUCCCCUUAAAUGCAAACUGAUCGUGGCAUAAGCCUUCAUAGACUAGAACCUCUUUAUUAAUUGUACAAGGCCAUGGUUACUAAACUGCAAUGCAGCACCAAAGCAAACUCACAAGGGCACCAUGGAUAUUUUAAAUUUCCAAAGGAAGCAGCAAUACUCAAAAUCUGUCAGACACUGCAUGAACCAGUAGCCUAGUACCGUAUGACUUUGUUUCCCUCAGAAAGUUAAAAUAUCCUGUGAUAUCCCUGUGAGUUCAGUUUCUGAAGCCCACGGUUCUGAAAUGGCACCAUGAACCAAGAAACCUCUGGUGCAAGGUGUUAUUCUAAGGCUAAAAGGAGCAUGCAUAUGUGUAUAUGCACACAGAGGCACAAAGACACAACAUUGAACAAAACCUAUUAAAUGUUAAAGUGGUCAUAGGCUGUGAAUGUGACCUAAUCGUGAUUUUAAUAAAAGGGAAACAUUCCCAUUA